CCAAAGACUCAGAAGGUCGUCKUCCCCCUGCAUUAGAAGCUGGCGGCUUGCCUGGUUUCGUCUCCGAGAAUUACACGACCGUGCUUUGAAAAUCAUGCCACGCGACAAAUUUGCGGCCAUGGCGGCGAACGCCGGAGCCGCUGGAAACCAGCACCAGCAGAACCAAGAAUCCGCGGCUCCGGAAACAGCUCCCAAGCGCGACAAAUUUGCGGCCAUCAAUGCUCGCCAGCAGCAACAGCAGCAGCAGCAGCAGCAGCUUUCCGGGAGUUCCGCAGAAGCUACAGCACCCGUUGCAACCUCGCCCCCGAAACGCGACAAGAUGGCGGCUCUUGCUGCUAGAUCAGAGCAGCAGCAGCAACAACAACCACAAACACGACCCUUGGUCGUGGAAGCGUCUCCCAAGCGCGACAAGUUCGCGGCUAUCAAUGCCCGCCAACAACAACAACAACAACAACAACAACAACAACAACAACAGCCGAUCGGAAGCCCGAUCGCAAACACAAUUGCAACCUCGCCCCCGAAACGCGACAAGAUGGCGGCACUCGCGGCCAGAUCGAAUUCGCCUCCGAAACGCGACAAGAUGGCGGCUCUUGCGGCCAGAUCGAAUGCUGCAGGAGGUGGUGAGCACCAACAACAGGAAACGCCGGCCCCGGGAACUUCUCCGGGACCAAAACGCGACAAAAUGGCAGCCCUGAACGCUCGGCAGAACAACGCCUCGUCCGUGGAGAACAGCAGCCUUGCGGAAGACCCAAAAGACGCGACGAUGGCAAUCGAAUCUCCKCCCAGACGAGACAAACUGGCGGCSAUGGCUUCUAGGUCGAUGAACAGCACCGCCGAUGCCGCUCCGGCUUCUUCCCGGAACAGCAAGCUGGCCAGAUUGGUUGCCUCCGGCACGACCGGCGGCGGGACCUCGGAAGUGAACACGAAAUCGAGAGACGAAAUCGCCGCCGAGGCGGCAGCCGCGAGAGAAAAGCACCUGGCCAAGCUCAAGGAGCGGCUGUCGAAACGGAAGGGCAUGCUGGACAGCUUGGAUCGCGCCGAAACGCUCACGUGCAGGCUCUUGAAAAUAGCGGCCCAGACCACGGAGGCCCUCCAGGACCUGAACUUCUCUUCCAACCUUUCUCGACUGUCCACGGCAUACCGAGCCACUCUCCAGGAACUKCAUCCGCUGCUCACGGUGGGCACGGAGGACCUGAUCAAACCCUAUCAGAACCACACCGAGGAAACGAAACAGAGCAUGUACGCCGCAAGGGUCGAAAUGAGACUGGCCAAGGAACGACUGGACGUGCUGAAAACCUUUACGGAAUUGGAACGGGAAGAGAAGAAAGAGGCCGAGGCUGCCGCAGCGACCGCGGACCCGAACGGCAAUCCURCGACGGACGGCGACGAAAGCGGCCGAAAACGAAAACGAUGAAACCACGAGGRAAAACAAUAAAAUAAUAGACGAAAAGCUAUGCC